AUGACAAUAUGAAGAAAGAAGUCAUCCCGAGUGAUGAAGUUAUCAACACAAAACUAAUAACUGACACAGAGAUAGAGGUCGCUCAUGUAAAACAAGAGAUCAACCUGUGUCAUGAUGUUAAACAAGAUAUUGAACUGCCAGAUAUAAAUGUGAAGCAAGAAGUUAUUGACCAAGAUGUUAUAUAUAUAGACAUGAAAAAGGAAGUAAUUGAUUUGCAAAAAGUUAAAGACACGAAGAUUGAUGUACAUGAGAAUGUCAAUGAUGCGAAGCAGAUUGGCCUGCAGAAGGCGGUGUGGAUGAAGAAGGAGGUAGAGGAGUUGUACUCGGGGCAUGAGGUGCGGGAGGAGCUUGUGCUGGGUGCCGCUGGCGUGCAGACGCGCGCACAAUCUAAAACUCAAGAGACACACAGGAGAGGGACAACAGAAGACUUACUGGUCGUCGCGAGCGCGAGUAGAGCACCACGCGAAUGCCGCAUCUGCUCGAGAGUGUGCAAGCACCCGAGUGCCUUAAAGAUACACAUGCGAACACACACGAAGGAAAAACCUUUCUCAUGCGAAACAUGUAAUAAACAAUUUGCAGUACACGACACUUUAGUGAAACACGAGCGCGUCCAUACCGGCACUAAACAUUACUCGUGUAGCUCGUGUAUCAAACAGUUUGCACACAAAAGCGGUUUAAAGAUACAUGAACGUAUACACACAGGGGAGAAACCAUACGCGUGCAAACUGUGUAACGAGAGCUUCACUAGUCUGAAUAAUUUGAAGAAUCACAAACUAAAACAUACCGGUGAAAAGCCUUAUUUCUGUAGCGUGUGCGAAAAGAGGUUCACCAAGCGAAGUACAUUAAACAGUCACGAAAAACUUCAUACAGGAGAAAAACCACACUCGUGCAGUAUAUGUAAUAAGGAGUUUUCAAAACUUAGUAAUUUAAAAAUACACGAGCGAAGUCACACAGGCGAAAAACCUUAUUCCUGCGGAAUGUGCGAAAAGAAGUUUGCACACCGCAGUCAUUUGAAGACUCACGAGCGUACCCAUACCGGUGAAAAGCCGUAUUCUUGUCGAGUGUGUAACGAGACGUUUACUCAGCGCUCUACUUUAACAAAUCAUGAACGGAUCCAUACAGGGGAGAAGCCAUACUCUUGUGGAACGUGCGACAAGAAGUUUGCUAACAGCAGCCAUUUAAAGGUUCACGAGCGUAUUCACAGCGGGGAGAAACCUUAUUCCUGCGAAGUAUGUACAGAUAGGUUUAUUGAUAGGAGCUCUUUAAAGAGUCAUGUACGGAUUCACACCGGUGAAAAACCUUACUCUUGCGGUAUAUGUAUGAAAGAGUUUUCACAGCUGACUGCUUUAAAGGUUCACGCACGCACUCACACAGGUGAGAGACCAUUUUCAUGCGGGACGUGUAAGAAGACAUUCUCCCGCCGCUCCCUUUUACUUUGCCACGAGCGUAUACACAGCGGGGACAAACCAUAUACCUGUGAUGUAUGUAAAAAGAGCUUUACGCAACGGAAUACAUUAAUAAUUCAUGAAAGGACUCACACAGGUGAAAAACCAUUCUCAUGCGAGAUGUGUGAGAAGAAGUUUACUAACCGUGGCGGUUUGAGGAGCCACAAGUGUGUAUAAUAGUCGUACGGUUUUUAAAUGUCGGAAUCCACUUGAGAGAUUACCUGCCGAUGAA